AUGAUCAACAAGUACACAAGUAUGCUGAUCUCUGUUAAGACAUUAACAGAUACUGUAUUUCACCUGAGACACUACCGCUAUGCUCUGGCUGCAGUGUUUGCCUUCAGAGAGAUUAAUGAAAAUCCCUAUGUGUUGCCAAACAUCACGUUGGGCUUCAAGAUUUAUGAUUGUUGCUAUUCUGAGAUUCGAGCCCUGGAAGGCACUAUUUUCCUCUUGUCUAAACAGGAAGACCAAAACAAAAAGUCCAGCUGUGCCACACGGACAAGGCCUUCUGCCAUUCUUGGUGCCGUAGCUUCCAAGUCCUCUCUCCCAGUGGCCAGAAUUCUGGGAGUCUUCAGAUACCCACAGAUGAGCUAUGGUUCUGUACAUCCUCUCCUGAGUGACAAGAGUCAGUUCCCUUCGUUUUUCAGGACCGUGCCAAAUGACAAACUCCAGCCUGUUGGAAUUGCCCAGUUAGUAAAAUACUUUGACUGGAAAUGGAUUGGGAUCCUUGCCUCAGAGAAUGACCUUGGUGAAACAGGUAGUCAGGCACUGAAGAGGAAUAUCAUUUCAAGUGGUAGCUGUGUUGCUUUCCUAGAAAACCUUCCAAUGUACAAUAUCAGAUGGAAGAUGCCUUACAUCAUUGAUAUUAUCAAGAAAUCAUCUGCAAAAGUGAUUAUCCUAUAUUCCACUAUAGAACCACUGAUUCCACUGUUUGAUGAAAUUUCUUUCCAAGGUAUAACUGAAAAAGUUUGGAUUGGUACAACUUCUUUGACUAUCUCUUCAGAUUUCUCAAAGCAAGAGAUUCUGAAAACUCUAAAUGGAUCAUUAGGAUUUGGUAUGAGGAGAGGUGAGAUACCAGGAUUUAAGGAUUUCCUAUACAGUAUCCACCCUAAUACAUUUCCAGAUGACAUAUUCAUUACUGAAUUCUGGGAGAAUGCAUUUGGAUGCCAUUGGCCAAAAGGGAAUUCCAAUGAAUCGAGGUUGAGAUCUGAGAUUAAAACCUGCACUGGUACAGAGAAGGUGGAGGAAAUAAACAAGUCUUUGUUUGAUGUGAACAAUUUCAGAUUCACUUACAGUUCUUACAUAGCUACCCACUCACUUGCAUAUGCCCUAGACAGCAUGUUGUCAUGCAACUUCAAAGAUCAGCUGCUUGUCAAUGUGACAUGUGGAAGUAUCCAUGAACUUUUGCCAUGGAAGGAGGUAAAGAGACUGAGAUCAUCUAAAACCUUACAGGAGCAGCCAAAGGAACCGAUUAAGCAGAAGACUGAUGGAACACUACAAGUGGAUGAGCUGAAAAGCGCCCUGUUACCUCUGCAAUCGGCCAUUCAAGAAUUAUCUGGAAAAAUGAACUCUUUCGGGUCCUCAAUCAACAAAAUCGCUGACGGUUUGGAACUUGCUGAAGGAAGAUCCAAAACAAAUGAGAUAGAAAUUGAACGCCUAAAGGAGGAACUAAAAACUAAAGAUAAAACGAUAUAUGACAUUCAAGCAAAAAUUGUUGAUCUAGAGGCUAGAAGUAGGCGGAAUAACCUGAUAAUUAGGGGCUUAUCUGAGAAGUACGAAUCACAUAACCUACUUGAAACUAUUGCACAAAUCUUUAACAACUUGCUCCACGAGAGAAGCCCUUCAGCUAAAUACAUCAUUGAAAGAGCACACAGAGCUCUGCGGAAAUGGCAAACUCAUUCAAUCCCAAGACCCAUUUAUGUCAAAAUGCUUAACCAUCAAGAUCUGGUCCAUUACUUAAAGAAAGUCCAUUUUAUAACCACAGCAGGCCAUGAAAUAUACUUUGAUGACAAUGGGGAUAUUCCUACAUCAUACGACAUCUUAAACUGGCAGAUGUUUCCCAAUGGAACAGGCAGAUAUUAUCAAGUUGGCAGGUUUUACACCAGUGACCAUCCUGGAGGAAUCAUUGACAUUGAUGAUCAUGCAGUCUGGUGGAAUGAAAACACAUCUGAGGUUCCACAUUCGGUUUGUAGUGAAAAUUGUCCACCAGGUCACAGAAAAGCCACACGACAAGGUGAACCCAUUUGCUGUUUUGACUGCAUCAUGUGUUCCAAAGGAGAGAUUGCCAACCAAACUGGUGAGAAAAGCUGCUUGAAAUGUUCAAAAGAAUUAUGGUCUAAUGACAGGCGAGAAAAGUGCAUUCAGAAACUCACUGAAGUCCUCGCUUAUGAAGAACCUCUGGGAUCAACCCUAGCUGCCAUAAACUGUGCAUUCAGUGUCAUCACUAUUUCUAUUUUUUUUAUUUUUAUGAAGAACCAAGAGACCCCAAUUGUAAGGGCUAAUAAUCGUGAACUCAGUUUUAUUCUCCUUCUUACCCUUAUGAUGUGUUUCCUGUGUUCCUUGAUUUUUAUUGGAAAUCCCACAAGAUUAACAUGUCUUCUCCGUCAGACAGCUUUUGGUGUUGUAUUUUCUCUUGCUAUUUCUUGUAUUCUUGCCAAAACUAUCAUUGUUAUUAUUGCCUUCAAGGCUACUCAACCAGGAAGUAACUUAAGAAAAUGGCUUGGAAUGAGACUGCCAAGCUCUGUAGUAUCUGGUUGUACUUUAAUUCAGUUAUUCAUUUGUGGUGGAUGGAUGUUUUUUUCUCCAUCUUUCCCUGAAUCUAAUAUGGAAUCUGGAGAAGGCACAAUCACUCUUCAAUGCAAUGAUGGUUCAGUGACUGCAUUCUGGAGCAUGCUGGGAUACAUGGGCCUUCUUGCCACUGUUAGUUUAAUCAUUGCCUUUCUUGCAAGGAAUUUACCUGAUAAUUUCAAUGAUGCAAAAUUCAUUACAUUCAGCAUGCUUGUUUUUGCUAGUGUUUGGCUUUCUUUUAUCCCAGCAUAUCUGAGCACAAAAGGAAAGUAUUCAGUGGCAGUUGAGGUAUUUGCAAUCAUGGCAUCUAGUGCUGGGAUGCUUAUCUGCAUAUUUUUCCCAAAAUGCUACAUUAUUCUUCUGAGACCAGAUCUAAACAGUAAAGAUAAAUUAAUGGGGUCUAAAAUGAAACAUUAA